AUGAUAGCUUAUCUUUUUAUUGAUAUUCUAAAAGCAUCUACCGCUGUUUUUACAACAUUUAAGAAUCAAGAUUGUUUGAAAAUAACACCUAAAGUAGACUAUAGAAAACUAGUUAAGUGGAAGACACGUAAAAUAUAUGGACAUUUUAAGGAUGAUAGAAUUGAGUACGACGGUACUACAUCAAUUACAUUACAAUAUCCAAAGAAGCUUACAUUUAAAAAAGAUAAAAGUUUCUUAAAUAUUUUUGUACCACUUGGAGGCUUUGAUAAAUCUGAAAGCUGUAUUUAUGUAAUAACAUUGGAAUUUGUUGGACACAAUGAAAAACACUAUUUUAUUGAUACAGAUCCUUUUUUUUAUGAUUUUAAAAGUUGUCGAUGGCAACAUUUAGAUAAAAAGAAUGCAAAAAAAUUUGAAUAA